AUGUCUGUUUCGUCCAAGUUGUUGCAUUUCUAUAAAUUUCUUUUGGAUGUCAACAUUCAUUGUAAACAUUACUACUCUUUUUACUGCAUCUUUUUCUGCUUAAUCGUGAUUCAUGUGGUACAAAUAUCAUGCGAUCUCCUUUUAUGAUGGUUCUGUAUAGGUGUUUAGCUUGAAGUAUUGACCCAAAAUUGAUUUCUUCAUUCAUAUACUCAUUUUCUCCAUAAUUUACUAGGCUAUGUUGACUGGCACAGUUAUUUCACAUGAUACCAAAACUCCAUCUUUCAUCAUUGAUAGUUUGGCCCAUCUGCGUCGUCCAUGCAGCAAAGCCUUUGACAAGUAAUUUGCAUGUGAACAUAAUUUGUGAUUAUAGUUCCCAUACCUGUUUUUAAUGUUUUAGCCCUACUCCAUAGAUUGCAGCUUGAUUUUGAGUUCAUUAGAUCUAUUAUUUCACACAUUUAGUUGCAUCGACUAUUGGUUCAAAUGAUACCAUUCCGUUUUAGGUUAAUAUUGAAGACACUCAAGUCAUGUGUAUUAUUGCUCCAAGUUGUAUAUUUUCUUACAAGAGUAUAACUAGUUUUACAAAUUAUUCGCAGAACAUGUACUUUGGAAUAUUGAGAACUAUUUCUGAUAUGAUUGGACGAUACAAACUAUAUUUUUACAGCAAUCGAAAGUAUUUGUCCUAAAUAGACGACCAUCAUGGAUAUUUGGAAAAGGACCAUUAACAGGGAAGUUAUAUACCGUGUAUGAACUCUGUUUGUAUUUUCUUCUGUGAGACUGUUGAAGAUGGGAUUUUCUUGAACUUGUUAGGAGGUACCUUUUCUGGACCAGAGUAGCUUCCUUGUUUCUAACCUGGGAUCAGUUCAUAAUCAGACAUAAAUUUGUGCACAUGCUGAAGUGACUUUUUCCUGUCACUCGGUGAGAUGGUGUUCUUUCUGAAAAUUAAACAAGUUUGUAGGGUAGACCAUCAAACUGUUUAUUUGAAAGUUAAACAAGUUUUCAGACCAUCGAACUAUCUGUUUAUGUGAGAUUAAAAUGAUGCAUCACUUUCCUUGAAAUCGUCUGCAUUAAUAGCAUAUUUCGAGAUAUAUAGAGCUAAGCAUGUCUGAAAGGGAAACAUAGAGCUAGAGUUAAUCAGUGGAUAUAAGGGUGACAGGUCUAAUCUAGGAAUCAUCAAAUCCUUGCCCUUACAUUGACUCCGAGGAAAGAUGCGUUAGGACAUGAGCUUUGUGGCCUCAAAUUUAUUGAUAAUGUUUGUUCUUGUGGCUUCCCUAUAAUAUAGCAAGUCGUCCAUUUCAAAUUGCAAUUGUCAUACGUGCUCCAUCAUAAAUGAUAAUAAAGAAUCUGAAUGUCCGAGUUGAAGCUGAUCACAAAGUCUUCUCUUGGCCAGAUAAUGGGUUACUUUUCUGGAUCACCUCCUCAAAUAAUGAGCGUUGCUAUAGCUGCAAUUUCAUUGCUUAUCUACAAGGAUGCUGAUCUCUAUUUUCUUGUGCCUGAUCUGAUGCCAACUGUCCUUUUCUUGCUUCAAAGCAAGGCUAAUGAGGUUAUAAAAGUGAGUAACUUGUCAAAUCUUUAGUUUUUUUUUUCUUGAAAACACUCUUACUUUUUUCUAUUCAUGGAGAAUGUCUUUAUGCACAGGCAGUUUUAGGAUUAGUCAAGGUGUUAGUGUCGUGCUUACCAACCUCUGAGAUUAGGAAUUUACUUCCUGACGUUAUGAAUGGGAUACUACCCUGGUCAUCUGUCUCAAGAAAUCAUUUCCGGUCAAAGGCACGUACUUUAUUCGAUUGACUCUAUGAGUUCUGUUAUUUUUUUCUUAAAUCAGUUGUCCUUAUCAUGCUUUUUGUUGUUUAUAAAAUAACUGCAGGUCAGGUCCAUCCUAGAAAUUGUGAUUAGAAAAUGUAGUAUUGAUUUAGUUCUGCUUCAUGUGCCUGAUGAGUACAAGGGUUUCAUCAAAAUGAUAACUGAGGUACGUUACAGUUACUGUUUUGCACUUACUAAAGAGCUGAUUAAUUUUUUCCAAUUUUUACUAAAGAGCGAAUACAAAUGUUAUUUGGAAAAUUAAAAUUAGCGGGUCCGAAACAUUGUUUUCUGAAUUGAUUGAUUUCGAUUCAAAUGGUUCAACUUUAGUGGAAGUAUUGGUUUGUGGAAUUAGCACAGGUGAUGUAG